AUGGCUGAAUCAUUUGUGUUGGUAUUACGUUAUAAAUUUAUUUCUUUCGUUACUUCCCCCCUUAUUAAUUCCUCACUUAAACAAUUAUUAUUUUAUGAUUUUGUUUUAAAUAUAUUUUUUUUCGCCCGGGCAAUUGUUGCAGAAGAGGGUGCGCUAAUUUCAAUUCUGCGUUCAAGCUUCGGCAGUAAAACCAGCAAGUAUUCACUGAAGAAAUCACUUUCGACAGCAAGCAACGAGAGUCGCAGUCCGAGAUCUGUGGACGAGAGUGCCAGCGAGAGCGGGACCUCACUUAGACGGGAGCGUUCGUCCCGCGAGGUCGUAUUUCCAGAUUCCUUUGAAGUAUUGCCGCAGCCGCGGGAUCUGACCUACGUCGGGCUGCCCCACGAGCAGCAGCGUAAAUUUCGGUGCCGCUUCUGCGGCAAAGGCUACCGAUGGAAGAGCACAAUGCGUCGACAUGAGACGGUAGAGUGCGGAGGCAAACCUCCGGCUUUUCAGUGUCCCGAGUGUCCCUACAAAGCUCGUCAGCGCGGUAACCUUACGGUCCAUUACAAACGUCACCACCAGAAGAUGCCCUACGACGAGGUUUCACAAGCUUCGCUAGAAUAAAUUAUAAAUUAUGCUCACACUUAAUCAUAUCAAUGCAUAAGACAAAGAUUUAUUUUUAUUAAUUACCCGUAAUUAUUAUUUCAUUCUCUAUGCAUUUUUUUUAUAUAAUUACUAUUAAUGUUAUUAUUAUUAUUGCCAUUAGUUCAUUUUAAUUGAAGCUUUGAUUUCUUUUAUUUAUACUUUUUUAGUAACUCUAUUAAUUACGCUUACGUUUAAUUAAACAAAUUAAUUUUUAAUUUAAUUUUCAUGUUUUUGUACUUACAAGUAGUAUGAAGUUAUUAGUAUCCAUUGACAUUUUUUUAAACU